AUGAAACCUCCAACACCAAAAUCUUAUGGAGUCCCUCUUAUUCUCUUGCUCUUCUCAAUUUAUUCCAAUUCAGGAGCACCAUAUAAUAUUCCGAGGCUAACUCUUCACGGAUCAAUUCCCCAAUAUCUUGAAUCCAUCUCUCCAUCAUCAUCUCCUGUAUCACUACAUGAUUUCGAAACGUACUUUUACGAACAAACUCUAGACCACUUUAAUUAUAGACCUCCAAGUUAUGCCACUUUCAAGCAGAAAUAUGCCAUCAACACUAAGUACUGGGGUGGUGCAAAUUCAAGCUCACCAAUAUUUGCACAUCUUGGAGCAGAAAGCCCACUUGAUCAUGAUUUCCUCCGUGUUGGUUUUCCUGUUGAUCAUGCUCCCUUCUUUAAUGCUCUUGUUGUUUAUGUAGAGCAUCGAUAUUAUGGAGAAUCAGUUCCAUUUGGUUCAAUGGAAGAAGCAUUAAAAAAUGAGACCACUCGCGGAUUCUUUAACUCAGCUCAGGCUAUAGCUGAUUAUGCAGAGGUCUUGCUAUACGUGAAGGAGAGAUUUUCUUCUCCAAAUUCUCCAGUUAUUGUCUUUGGGGGGUCAUAUGGAGGAAUGCUGGCAGCAGCAGCAUGGUUCCGGCUCAAGUAUCCACACAUUGCUAUUGGAGCUUUAGCCUCAUCAGCACCCGUUCUUUAUUUCGACAACAUCACUCCGCAAGAUGGAUAUUACUGGAUCGUGACCAAAGAUUUUCUUGCGACUAGCGCAAGUUGUUACCGGACAAUCAAAGAUUCGUGGGAUAUAGUUGACAAUAUCGCCUCUCAACCAGGUGGUCUCUCCAUUCUGAGUCAGAGAUUCAAGACUUGCUCGCACUUGAACAGUGGCGUUGAGCUCAAGAAUUUUUUAGUGUCAAUGUAUGCAUCCCAUGCUCAAUAUAAUCAUCCGCCUGAUUAUCCUCUUACAGUGCUCUGUGAAGCCAUUGAUCGAGCUGGAAGCCAGACUGAUAUUAUUGGCCAAAUAUUUGCUGGUGUUGAGUCUGCAUUUGGAAAGAAUUCAUCCUGCUAUGAUGUCAACUACUUUCAUCGUCCCACUGAAACAAACGAGGGAUGGGGUUGGCAAAGAUGUAGUGAAAUGGUAAUGCCCAUUGGACGGACUGUUGAAGCUCAUAUGUUCCAGCCAGCCCCUUUUAAUUUGACGGAGUUCACCCAAUACUGUAAACUUGUUUAUGGCGUCCCGCCUCGACCUCAUUGGAUCACAACCUACUACGGAGGCCAUGACAUAAAACUUACCCUUCAGAAGUUUGCCAGCAACAUCAUUUUUUCUAAUGGUCGAAAAGAUCCUUAUAGCAGUGGCGGGGUGCUCGAGGACUUAUCUGACAGUCUUUUGGCUAUAUCUACCGCUCAUGGGUGUCAUGGCUUAGACUUAUAUCCAGCAAACCAAAGUACGGAUCCAGAGUGGUUAGUCAUGCAACGGAAGAUGGAGGUUCGAAUCAUCGAAGGAUGGAUCAAAGCGUAUUAUGCUGAUCUUUCUUCCAUUAAUUAA